AUGGCUGCAAAUUGUGAGACAAUUGAGCGACAAAUGGAUGAAUUGAGUGCUCUUAAGGCCAUAUUUGGAUCAGAUCUGAAGGAUUUGAGACAAUCGGCACCGAAUGGCGGCGACUCACCCGACAAGUGGUUACCCAUCGAAGUGCAGAUCACUCUCAAACCCAUGGUAUCGAUGUCUCAACUGAAUGGCGAGGCAUACGUCCAGACAGACCUCUACGUCAAGUGUGGCAAAAGGUAUCCAAACGUAAUCCCGGAUGACAUCCGACUCAAAGAAGUGAAGGGAUUGGCGGACAGUGUUUGCCAACAGAUCAGAGACGAGUUGUACGGAUUGGCGAAGAGUUUGAGGGGAGAAGAGAUGAUCUUUGUGUUCGCGGAUCACGUGCGACAAUGUCUUCACUCUCAUAACAAGCCUCCGGUUAAGAGCUUUUACGACCAAAUGAUAUCUCAUAAGACGAAACUGGAGGUCGAGAAGAACAAAGAGAUUGAGAGACAGAUGGAGACAAACAGACGAAUCGAUGAAAUGAAGAGAAAACAGUUGGAGGAAGAGAUGAAACGAAAACAUAAGGCUUUACUCGAAGAUUCACGGCUUAGGAGAGAGUCUCGCGAAGACAUCGGCGAAACACUUUCGGUCAUUAGAUCUACUGAUUUGAAGUGUGAUAUCAAUCACGAAUUGGUUGCCAUUGUAUUUGAUAUCAACGGUUUUGACCGAACCAUCCAAAGAGGCAAAUGUCUGCUUCACAACCACUUCAAGCAUUCCGUCGAAUAUUUAGCCACAGAUUUGUCUUCGGGUCAGACAUAUGUCAUAAGCGAAUGGAUACUUAAAUCUAAGAAUGACUACAAUAUCGACGAUAUUAGUGACAGGAUUUCAAGAGUGGAGUCUUAUUUUAAAACUAAAUUAAAGUCUUUAAGUCACCCCAAUCUGAUCCCUUACAUAUCAAUGCAAUACUCUAUAAAAAGUGAUUACAUUGUCGUUGACGUACUUCAAGAGCAUAUUAACGCCAAUUCACUGUUCAGUCUGUCAAAUGUGAUGAGAGGACAUCCGUUCAACACUUCUCUCAUCAGAUUUUAUUCAAAUCAAGUCUUAGAAAUCAUAUACUAUUUACACAAACAUAACUGUCCGCACGGAGACCUCCGACCAACCAAUGUGUUCAUUGACACCAGUAGUGGUGACAUCAAAAUAAGUGGCUUUUAUUUAGAGAAACAGUUUUAUGACAUCUUUACUGACAUCAACACCAAUGACUCCGUGACCUAUAAUCUAAACACCAUUUCAACGAAUAUUAAUCGAUUGAAAAUGAAAGACAUCUAUGACUUCGGGGUUUUAGUGUCUGUUAUAAGUAGUGACUGGGAUUUCAGUGACAAAACAGCCGUUAAUUUGAAAUAUAAAGUCAAUGCAAGCAAUGUUAGGGAAGAAUUGAAACACUUUUUAGACAAAUGUUUAGACAGUGAGGAGAGCGCCCGACCCACUGCCGAACGCCUACUUCAGCACCAAUUCCUUGCAUCACAAAAGUCUAAACUAUCACUCAAUUACCAAAAACAUAAUGACUCGCAGUCACAGCCCUUUCCCAAUGAUAGAGGGGAACAGAUAGAAGACGCCAAGAAUUAUGAGAAUAAUAUUCAAACCAAAUCUUUAUUGAAUUCGUUUGCCUCGUCUUCACUGAAUUCACGACUCAAUGAGUUUGAAGUAUUGGAUGAAUUGGGAAAAGGAGGAUUUGGUUACGUAUAUAAAGUAAAGAAUAUUUUGGACGGAAGAUGUUAUGCGUUGAAGAAAAUAUGUAUAAAUCAUUCAAACCAUUCUCUCUAUGAGAAGAUUAGACGGGAAGUGAAUUUGCUUUCGCGACUAAAUCACGAGAAUGUUGUCCGAUAUUUCACGUCUUGGAUAGAGACCGAAGAAAACGCGGACUACGAUAGCAGUGAACAGAGUUCUAACACCAAAACCAGUGAAACGCAAAUCACACAAAAGAGUACAAAAUUUGAGACAAAACUGAAGCAAACAAAAGAAGUCAAAGAGAGUAGUAGUAGUAGUAGUGGAAGUAGUGGUGAUUCAUCCGAUUCCGAUGUUUCCGACACUUCUUCUAUAGAAGACGUGGACUUUGAAGCAGAAGAGGAUAUUUUCGGCACUUCUUUUUUAGUACAAAUUCCUCCGAAAUUAUCCAACAAUUCAGUGGAUGUGAUAUUCGAAAGAAGUGAUUGUGAUGGCACUGCAUCUCAAGAAAAGACAGAAACUGCUAAUAAUACGAACGAAGAGCCCAAACGUGCCAUUCCUCGAAAGUAUAUGUAUAUUCAGAUGGAGUUAUGCGAGAAAAGCACUUUAAGAGAUGCCAUCGAUGGAGGACUUCAUAAUGAAAUUCAUCGCAAGAAAAGGCUUUUUCGCGAAAUAAUUGAAGGUUUGGUUCACAUUCACGAACAGGGAAUGAUUCACAGAGACCUUAAACCGGGAAAUAUAUUCCUCGAUGUGAACGAUCACGUGAAGAUCGGGGACUUUGGUUUAGCCAAAGAGAUCUAUUUUAUAAAAGAUGAAAAGUCGGACUCCGCUACUCUUGAGGCACAAAAUCUGAACGUCACGCAAGAGACGGACCAGUUUAGACUCACUGGCAAAAUAGGAACACCUUUUUAUGUGGCACCAGAACUCGCUGUUACCGCUGAUGUCAACUCUACUAAAAUAUAUUACACACAAAAAGUGGAUAUUUAUUCGUUGGGAAUCAUAUUCUUCGAGAUGUCGUAUCCAUUCCAGACAUUAAUGGAAAGAACAAAAGUUGUGAUAAAACUAAGGAAAAAAGAAAUUGAAUUACCGGUCGAUUGGAGUCAAUAUUUCACUGAAAUCGAGAUCAAUAUUCUGAAGAGUCUGUUGCAACACAACUACUCUCUGCGUCCCUCUUCUUCAGAACUAUUGGCAUCCGAUUACUUACCGGCGCCUGAAAUGGAGGAGAAAGAGGAGCAGAAUGUGAUCCGACGCGCCGUUCAGAACACGCGAACAAAAAUCCAUAAAUAUAUGCUAAAUAUGUUGUUUCAAAGGGAGGCCUCAGAAAUAGAGGACUACGUGUAUGACGUGAAUGACCAGCAAUUCGAGCCAUCAUUUGGAUCUAAAAGUGAUUUGUUUUCCUUCUCAACCAAACAACGAGUGUUUCAAUACGUGUAUAACGUGUUGGAGUCUAUAAUGCAAAGCCAUUGCGCUGUCUAUCUAUCCCUUCCCACUCUUCUGCCCAAACAUUCCACUCAAACAUAUCAAGUGAAUGAUGUCUUCUAUGUGAUCGACAACACCGGUUCCAUUGUCUCCCUUUCGCACAAUCUUCGGGUACCAUUCGCUCGAUAUAUAGCUCGCAAUAAGAUAUCACAUUUGCGGCGAUAUUCCAUCGAAAAGGUUUACCGACAAAAGCGUGUUAUGGGAUACCAUCCCAAAGAAUUUUGGGAAUGUGCUCUCGAUAUCGUCACCCCUAAGGGGACCAACUCAGAUGGCACUCAUAUUAUGCCUGAUUCCGAGGUGCUCAGUGUCUUGAGUCAUGUGGUCAAUCAGUUCCCUGUCCUGAGCGCUUCCAAACUAAUUCUUCGUGUGAAUCACAUACAACUGAUUAAAGCGAUUCUUGAUUAUUGCGAUAUUGCAGAUGAAAUGCAUAAUAAAGUGAUCCGACAUUUGGGAGAUUGCUUUUCCCCUAAAAUCACGCAAAGCGUACUCAAGGAAUCAGCCGUUGAGUCAACUUUUGCGUCCAAUUCUUCAUUGGCUCUAAAAGUGUUUUCUCAGCGAAAGAGUAUUUUAGAGAAAUAUAUCGACGAAUCAAAAAUUAAUCAUUUCCUUCAGAUCAUAGAUUCAGAACAGGAAUCGGUUAAGAAGUUAUUGUCUAAUAUUAAGACACAAAUGAGAAAGAAAGGAGUGAAGCAACAAAACGCACUCCAAGUGGCCAAACAUGCGAUCAAAGAGUUAGAUCUGAUUCUCAAUUGCGCUGAAAAGUUAGGAAAUAUCAACAAAUUUGUGGUCAAAAUAUCUCCGGCGUUCGUAAUGACCGGCUCGUCGUCUGUCUUGUAUUCGGGAAUUAUCUUUCAAUUGGAGCGAGAAAUCAAACACAAGAAGUCCACCCAAAAGAGUGUUAUAGCAGUUGGCGGUCGUUAUGACCAAUUGAUCGCCAGUUUUGAUAAAUUGAGUAAAAAUAGUGACAAACACUUUGUGGACAAAGGAGGCGUCGGUCUUAGCAUUGAAUUCGAGAAAAUUAUGAAAUGUGUUUUGGAAGAGGAGAUGAAAAACAAGUCAACGUUUGGCUCAACCAUUGAUGUCGUGGUCUGUUCGCUCACUAAUGAGAAAUCGGAUUCAAUUCUCAAAGAGUUGUGUUCAGUAACCAAAGAGUUUUGGAAUUCAGGAAUAAAAGUGUUUUGUUUUCCCGAAGAUUUGCCCAAAAAUAUCUCGGAAUUGCAUGCCUUCUGUUUAGAGAACUCUGUCCGAUAUGCCGUCGCUCUUAAGGAGACCUCCGAUUCCAGUCAAACAAACUUCCAUCAAAUGAAUGCCAAACUAUUCGCUUAUGAGAAGGAACGGUAUAUCGAUAAAAAGGGUGGUAUUGUGUCCGAUAUUGUCGAAUAUGUUAUCCGAAGUCUUCUGUAUUUGCGA